AUGAGUGGCAGUGGUACACAAACCGUCACACCACGUUGCGCUGGCUUUGUUACGUGCUCCGUAUGCCAGUGGCCGACUUCCUCGAAAAACCCAUUUUGUACGUACUGGCGAAGCGCGAAAACGCGACAGGAAGGGUCAAACAAUGACUUGGCAGAGAAGUGUGGCAGCCAUUACCAGCAAAAUCAACUGCGUCGAUCAGGCCGUCUUCUGGAUGGAGACCCCGAGAUGGGACAGGUCGAUGGCCCAGUACCAUGUUCAGUGGCGCACAUUAACCAAGACGUCAGCUUCAAUACACAGCUUCCCUUCCUGACCUUCCUACUCCACUAA